AUGACAGUACCAUUUCUCAGUACCGUAUAUUGGCUAGUACAGAACAUCCAAUAUGUCAUAGCUAUUGUUUUUGGUAUAGCGACUAUUGCUUGCUCAGUAGCUUCAUGGUACAUCCUUCGAUGGCUGAUACCAUCCCCACGAGCUUAUAUACCCUUCCUACGAUCGAACCCCAAGACUGUCGCUGGACGAAGAACCAGUGGUUCUAAAACGAAGGACGUAAAGCUAUCGAUCAACGAUAAAAGGGUGACCAGAGCAAGUACUGCUAAGAGGCGUCAAAAGAGUAAAUCAGCGAUAUCUGGAUUAGGUGCACUCGUAUCUUCAACUCUAGGUUCAGUUUUAUUCUUAUGUUCAAUUGCUUCUGGUCUGAUAUGCGCAUAUUCCCUUACUGAGAAGGGAUGUUACACUCUCCGACACAUAGGGAUACUGGAAUGGUUACCAUGGAAACAAGGUCUAAAAUGCUAUAAAACACGGUGGGACUGGGUUGCUGAUAUUCUAGGAGAGGUCAUGUUGAAUAUCUUGCAGGGUCAUGACUUUGGUGGUUUAGGGAUCAAAAGCAUGUAA